UGAUUUCUGAGAUGAUUCGUUGAAAUGAUAGGCCUGCAUUAUACCCCCGUCCCUAGUGCUAAUCCGAGGAGGUGGCUCCCAGUCCAGGCCAAUGUAGACAAAUGAGAGUUCAUAGAAUGGUCGGCCAUCGACCCCUUGGAUGGUUCGCUUGCGAUGUCACAGCGCCAAUGCAAGGCAGUCUUACGCAUUAUGUGCUCGAUAGUGUCGGUGUGUUAAUGGUACGAGACGUGAAUACAUAAAAAUGCCAUAGUUCUCCCAACUCAAACUUUUAACCCCAUCUCCCUUCUUUUUUUAUCCUCACAGGUAGCCUUUUCCGCGUGGUGCAUCUCUCUGCAGUCGCCGAGGCCUCCUGAACAUCACUCCAAACGCACUAGAUAAAGAUGUCGUCUACGAAGGUGCCUGACCCUGAGAUGGUCCAACCCGUGUCACCUCACCAAGACGAUUCCGCGAAGAGGUAUUCAAUGGCGGAGGUAGAACGAGCACACUCGGCGCCUGAAGACAUCGAGGGUAAGGGAGAUCAUGCGGACUACGGCAAAGUCGACAAGGAAGUCGCCAAAUAUUCGUCGGCUAUCCGCAUCAAAAUAACGCCCGAGGAGAACAUCAGACUACGGAAAAUGAUCGACAAGAGAAUCUUGGUCGUGAUGAUCACGACAUAUUUCCUCCAAGCUAUCGACAAAGGCACACUGUCCUUCUCUUCGAUCAUGGGCCUGCCGAAAGAUACCGGCAUGCUUACCCCCGAGGGAAAAGUUAGCCAAGACUUUUCUUGGUUGACUACGUGUAUCUACAUAACCAUCCUCGUCGUUGAGUACCCGCAGAAUUAUAUCAUCGCCCGAGUUCCCGUCGCCAAGUACCUCGGUUUUUCUAUCAUUGCGUGGGGUGUCGUUUUGGCUUGCCAUGCAGCAUGCAAAAAUUUCGUCGGGUUGGUAGUCGUCCGCACGCUUCUGGGGCUGUUCGAGUCGGCUUGCCAACCUGCUUUUGUGAUCCUCUCCGCUAUGUGGUAUAGACGCGAAGAGCAAGCAUCAAGGGUUACCUACUGGUAUAUGAUGAACGGCGCGCAGCAGAUUGUCGGCGGACUCCUCGCCUACUGCUUCACUUUGAUCACGGACGGCCCCCUCAGAUCGUGGCAGUGGCUGUUCAUGGCUUACGGUAUCAUCUCCGUCAUCUUCGGCUUUUUCGUCCUUUGGUGGAUGCCUGAUUCCCCGAUGCGUGCCAAGUGCUUUAGCGAAGAGGAUAAGCAUCUGAUGGUCGAAAGAGUUCGAGAUAAUCAGACUGGGUUGCAGAACCGAAUUUUCAAAAAGGAACAAGUCUGGGACGCAUUGACUGACCCCCAGACAUGGUGCUACGCCGGAAUUCAGUUCACCACGACUCUGCCAACUAGCGGCCUCGGCGCGUUUGCGAACUUGAUUAUCUCUGGAAGUCUAGGAUUUACCAACCUUCAGACGCAACUUCUAGCUAUGGUCCUCGGCUUUUACAUCGUCAUAGUGCUUCUAGGCUCGGUUUGGCUGGUGAAGAAGUUUAACCAGAACAUCUUGACUAUGCUGGGCUUCGUUAUUCCAUCAUUCGUGGGUACCAUUUUGCUUAUGACCGUGCCCAACGAGACCUUCGCGCAACAUGUAGGACUGCUUAUAUCCUACUACAUCACUUUAUCUUUCUGGGCAGCGCAAACCUUAGGUCUCUCCCUGAUGUCUCGUAAUGUUGGAGGCCAGACCAAGAAGACUGUUGUGGUGGCUACGAAUUUCAUCUUCUGGUCGGCAGGUAACGCUAUCGGUCCCCAAGUGUUUCUAUCACGCGAGGCACCCAAGUAUCAUACCGCAUUUGCAACCCAUCUUGGUUGCUACGCUCUUCUUGUUGUUAUCCUCUUGUUCUUCCGCUUCUAUCUGUCAAGGCAGAACAAGAAGCGGGAUGAACUAGCUGCGGCAGGUAUUAGCGAGGCUCACGACGAGAGGAUGGCUCACGCUUUUGAAGACCUGACGGAUAGGGAGAACCCUAAUUUUAGAUACGAAUAUUAGAGUAUCACAUGUCUGGUGUUGAAAAGAAGGGUGGUAAUGGAUCUUAGUAGGUAGGUACCUAUGUACAUUAGCAUUUCGAAUCUAUUGAGUUAGGUUAGGUACCUAGGUACCUGACCUAGGUAUUUAUCGGGCACCUAAAAA